AGGGCUGAGAAGUGUGGUGUAUGUGGGAUGCUGCUGUGGCUCUGCCCUCAGAACAAUACAGUGCAACCCUGUGUAACAACAAUAUGGAUAGUAUCCGCCGUAAUUGCCCUGUUUUAUAGCACAUUUAUUUUACUUGACGCGGAAAAAAAUGUGGAUACCGACUGAACAUGAAAAAUAUGGCGUUGUGCUGGCAAAUUUUCGAGGAAUGGUUCAGCAUGGACUCCCGCUGGAGAUCGGCGACACCGUGCAGAUUUUGGAGAAAUGUGAAGGAUGGUACAGAGGAUUCAUCACGAAGAAUCCAAAUGUAAAGGGAAUAUUCCCAAGCUCCUAUAUUCACCUCAAGAAUGCCCACGUCAAAAACAAAGGGCAGUUUGAGACCGUCAUACCCACAGAGGACUCGGUCAUUACAGAGAUAACUAUGACCUUGAGAGACUGGGGCACCAUGUGGAAGCAGCUCUACAUGAGAAACGAAGGGGAUCUCUUUCACAGAUUGUGGCAUGUGAUGAAUGAGAUAUUGGAGCUGCGGCAGCAGGUUCUAGUGGGUCACCUCACUCACGACCGCUUGAGUGACAUCAAACAGCACAUCACGGCACGGCUGGACUGGGGAAAUGAGCAGCUGGGUUUGGAUCUGGUCCCCAGGAGGGACUUCGGCAUGGUGGACCCUGAUGAUAUCAGCAUCACAGAGCUGUAUCGGCUGAUGGAGAGACGUCAUCGUAGACGUGAGGCUCCCCCGCAGGCCAGUAUGCACCACCUGUUCCUUCAGAUGAAGAGCAUGAUGAGCUCAAACCUGGGGGAGGAGUUGGAAGUCUUCUUCUCUGUCUAUGACAGCAGGGAAAUGCGACCAAUCAGUGAGAGGUUCUUUGUGCGCCUCAAUAAGCAAGGGCUACCUAAGUCUCCAGAGAAGACUGAGAGGCAGUGUACACUCUUUGUUGAUUUGGGAAGUAGCGAUCUUCGCAAAGAUGUGUAUGUUGUAGCUCAUAUUUUUAGAAUAGGGCGAAUGGUCGCAGGAGAGAAGAAGAGUGUGAGUAACACACAGUACAAACGUCCAUAUGGAUGUGCCGUGAUUAGUGUGGCUGACCUGUUAACGGCUGACUUCAAGGACGAUCACUUGCUAAAGAUCUACUCAUGUAACACAGAGAGCGAGUGGUACCAAAUCCAUGACAGUAUUAUCAGGAAGGUCAGCUCACGAUACAGCCAUAUUGGCUCAAAUACAGGCCUUAAUGUGUCUCUUCAGCUCCUACACGGGGAUAUGGAGCAGAUCCGUAAGGAUUACAUGCGUCUUUUCACCCGCAACGUCUCUAUUACGAAGAGGCUGGGUUUCUCCGAUAUCAUCAUUCCAGGUGAAAUAAGAAAUGAUCUGUAUGUGACCCUUGAGAGGGGCGAAUUUGAGAAAGGUGGAAAAAGCGUGGCACGUAAUGUGGAAGUCACUGUCUAUCUGCUGGGAGGUGAUGGGCAGCUGCUGAAGGGUCUGGUGUGUUGCGGCUCCGGGGAGCCAGGAGUAGAUGAGCACCGCUCUUUUGUCCUGUAUCACAGUAACAGCCCUCGCUGGGCCGAACAGAUCAAACUGCCCAUCCCUCUGGAGAUGUUUCACGGCACACACUUGCGCUUCGAGCUCAGGCACUGCUCCACAAAGGAAAAAGGGGAGAAGAAGCUUUUUGGCUUCUCUUUUGUCCCUCUGAUGCAGGACAAUGGGAGACCGCUGCCUGAUGGGACGCAUGAGCUCAUUGUCCACAAGUGUGAAGAGACAGCUGAUCUUCAGGAUCCUGCUCGAUACCUCAAACUGCCGUUUUCCAAAGCCAGCCUCCAGCCGGCCAACAACCAGACAAUAAAGAACAGUAAAGAGUCCUUCUGGAUCCAGUCAUCUCUCUGCUCUACGAAACUCACUCAGAAUGGUGACAUGUUGGACCUGCUGAAAUGGAGAGUCCAUCUGGACAGAAUCAUUGACUGCCUCUCCAAACUCAAGGACAUUGAUGGCACUGAAAUUGUUAAGUUUUUACAGGACACUCUGGACACCUUGUUUGGGAUUUUAGACGAGAGUCCCCAGCGGUAUGGACUAAAGGUGUUUGACUGUCUGGUUCACGUUAUAAAUCUGCUGCAGGACAGCAAAUUCCAGCUCUUCAAGCCCGUAAUGGACAACUACAUCGAGAACCACUUCGCCGGUGCCCUGUCCUACAGGGAUCUGAUCCGUGUGUUGAAGUGGUAUGUGGAUCGUAUCAUUGAUGCUGAGCACCAGGAACAGAUCCAGCAGGUUUUGAAGGCGUCAGAGUACUUGUUUAAGUACAUUGUGCAGUCAAGGCGUCUGUACGCGGCAGCCACCGGAGGCCAGAACGAAGAGGAAUUCCGCUGCUCUAUUCAUGAGCUCUUCAAAUCCAUCCACCUGUUCCUGUCUCAUGAGAGUAAGGGCAUCAGCCCCAUCACACACACACAGGCCGUGUUCCUGAGAUCGUUCCCGACUGUGUGCUGCGAGCUGCUAAAGAUCUUCAGUAUGAGAGAGGUGGCAAAUCUGGCCCGUGACACGUUGAGCAGCCUGCCCGCCCUCACGCACAAUGACUGCCCCCUACAGGCCGUCAAACUGCAGUGCAUGGCCAAGACUGUGGAGAGUCCACUUUACGUCAAUCCGGAGUCGAGGUGUGUGUUGUUACCUGUAGUUCUGCGUCUGCUGCACACACACCUGCAGGAGCAGAGGGAGCUGGUUCUGUGUGCCAACAUCCUCACCAGCAUGCUGACGCUCAACAUACCCGCCACGGAGUGUGGCGUGUCUGAGGAGGUGAAUCUGGUCAUGGAGAGUCUGUCUGGAGUCUUACUCAGAACUAUACUGGAAGUGACAAACCGGCCUCAGCCUGCUGCCUCCUCCCUGCGCCUGCAGUACCAGGAUGUUACCGGUGAAUUUGUUGCCUGUUUGCUCGCAUUGCUGCGGCAGCUUAAAGAUAAAGAAUACCAACAGCUUCUCAGCAGAUUUCCCACUAAAGAUGAACUAACGAGUUUCCUCCUGCAGUUAUUCACCGUCUUCAGAAUACUUAUCCGACAGGAUAUGUUCCCAAAAGACUGGACUGUCAUGCGACUGGUUGCUAAUAACGUCAUUAUUACCACCAUCUUGUAUCUCUCUGAUACCCUGCGAAACAACUUCCUUAAUGAGAAAUUUGACUUCAAGGUAUGGGAGUCCUAUUUUUAUCUCUGUAUAAUAUUCAUCAACCAGCCUUGCCUCCAACUGGAAAUGUUCCCGCCCUCCAAGAGGAAAAAAGUCCUGGAGAAGUACGGUGACAUGAGAGUGAUGAUCGGUUGUGAGAUUUUCAGCAUGUGGCAGCAUUUGGGUGACUAUAAGUUAAAUCUCAUUCCCACCCUGAUUGGCCCGUUCAUGGAGGUGACUCUGGUACCACAGAUGGAUCUGCGGAACGUCCUCAUUCCCAUUUUUCACGAUAUGAUGGACUGCGAACAGCGACGGAGCGGCAACUUCAAACAGGUGGAGGCCAAACUAAUAGACAAACUAGAAGGUCUGAUGUCAGAGGGCAAAGGAGAUGAGACUUACAGAGAGCUCUUUAACAACAUAAUUCCGUUGUUUGGUCCAUAUCCGAGUCUGCUGAAGAAGAUCGAGAGAGAGACCUGGAGAGAAAGUGGUGUUUCCCACAUCGCUACGGUCACACGGCUAAUGGAAAGAUUACUAGAUUACAGGGACUGCAUGAAGAUCGGAGAGGUUGAUGGGAAAACGAUGGGAUGUACAGUCAACCUUCUGAACUUCUACAAAACUGAGUUGAAUAAAGAAGAAAUGUACAUCCGUUAUAUUCACAAGCUCUAUGAGCUGCACCUGAAGGCACAAAAUUACACCGAGGCGUCAUACACCCUCCUGCUGUACGACGAGCUGUUGGAGUGGACUGAAAGGCCUCUCAGAGAGUUUCUCACGUACCCCAUGCAGAGCGAAUGGCAGAGGAAGGAAUGCCUCCAUCUCACCAUCAUACACAACUUUGACAGAGGGAAAUGCUGGGAAAACUGCAUCAUACUGUGUCGAGAACUGGCCAAUCAGUACGAAGCGUAUUAUGACUACAGGAACCUCAGCAAAAUGAGGAUGAUGGAAGCCUCUUUUUACGACAAAAUAAUGAACCAGCAGCGUCUCGAGCCGGAGUUCUUCAGAGUCGGGUUCUACGGCAAGAAGUUCCCCUUCUUUUUAAGGAAUAAAGAGUUUGUGUGUCGAGGGAACGAUUACGAGCGUCUAGAAGCCUUUCAGCAGCGGAUGCUCAGCGAGUUUCCUCACGCCAUCGCAAUGCAGCAUGCCAACCUGCCUGACCAGACCAUCCACCAAGCGGACGCGCAGUAUCUGCAGAUUUAUGCUGUUAGUCCUGUCCCUGAAAACCAGGACGUCCUGCAGAGAGACGGAGUGCCCAACAACAUCAAGAGCUUCUACAAAGUCAACCAUAUUUGGAGGUUUCGCUAUGACAGGCCUUUUCACAAGGGCACCAAAGACAAAGAGAAUGAGUUUAAGAGCCUGUGGGUUGAACGGACGACACUGACCCUCGCUCAGAGUUUACCUGGCAUUUCACGCUGGUUUGAGGUUGAGAAAAGGGAACUGGUGGAGAUGAGUCCCUUGGAGAAUGCCAGCGAGGUGAUUGAAAAUAAGACGCUGCAGUUGAGAACGCUGAUCGCACAGUGUCAGAUGAGGCAGAUGCUGAACAUCAACCCUCUCACCAUGUGCCUGAACGGAGUCAUCGACGCCGCUGUCAACGGAGGGCUGGCUCGAUACCAGGAGGCAUUCUUUGCGAAAGAUUACAUUGCAAAUCAUCCAGAGGACGGAGAGAAAAUUACUCGUCUUAGGGAACUGAUGUUUGAACAGGCCCACAUUCUGGAAUUUGGUUUAGCUGUGCAUGAGAAGUUCGUCCCGCAGGAUAUGAGGCCGUUACAUAAAAAGCUUGUUGACCAAUUUCAUGUAAUGCGCUCCAGUCUGGGAAUUCAACCACAAGAGUUUCCCGCUUAUGUGCGAGUUAGUCCACUGCAUUUUGCCAAUGGCAGUCCGCGCACAUGUAGGACUCCCGUACCUAAUGCCAUCAGCCCAGAGGGAGGCCGAAUCGUGGCGAGACGCAGUCCUCUCAGCUAUCCAGCCGUCAACCGAUACUCCUCAUCUUCACUGUCAUCACAGGCCUCAAACGAAGUGAGCAACAUCACCGGCCAAUCAGAGAGCUCGGAUGAGGUCUUCAACAUGCAACCCAGUCCAUCUACCUCAAGUCUCAGCUCAAAUCACUCUGGCUCACACAAUGUGAACAGCUCUGCACCCUCCAGCAAUAGAGCUUCACCACUGCCGUCUGACAAGCACAAGCACUCCAGAGAGAACGCCUGCCUCUCUCCGCGGGACAGACUGUGCAGCGGCAUUUUCCCCAGCCCGCUGGACCCCACACAGAGGAUGAUUCCGUUCCAAAUACCAGUGGAUUCACCAUUACCACGGUGUGAAGCCAAUCUCCCCACACCUGAGACAGGAUCUCUAUGCAAGAACGUGAGGUCACUGUCUCCCAUGCCAUCCGCCCGCUCCCCUCAGAAGUCAAUGGUUCCGCCCCUCACACCCUCUCCGACCGAUGGCUUACCAAUGGGGAGUCUGGCAUCUCACUCCCCUGCCCGCUCCGGCAGCUACAGCAGCGGUAUCUCGUCCCUCAGCCGCUGCAGCGUCUCUGAAACGUGUGGGAUCGACCUCCCGCCGCCCGACCCUCCUCUGCCCCCCGCCAUUCCCACAGACAUGCCCAUUCGCCGGGGCAGCAAGACUCCUCCGCCCUACAGCGUCUACGAACGGAACAAUCCCCGGCGAGCGACGCCACUGCCUCACAGUCUAUCAGUGCCGCCCAGUACUGACAACCCCAGCCUGAACGCGAAACCCCAACUGAACCGCACACAGCGAAUUAAUUCAGAACCCCGCCACCGGCCCACCCCUAGGAAGGUCUCUCAGCUGUAGCGUGUCUGCAGGUAACUGGAAACUGGGACUUUUUUUUUGCAGUUGUUUGCUGUAAAAUUACUGUAGGUUAUGUAUCAUAAUUGGGAAUGUUUUCAAAUGCAAGGAGGUGCAUUUAUGUGAAGGAUUGGGAGUGGCAUAUUCAUAAAUAAAUCUUUCAAAUCUAUUAAAUAAGAGUGUCAAUGAAUAAAUAGGUCUAUGUCAAUACAUACAAAAAUAUGUUAAUAAAUGUAUCCAAUGCAAAAAAUAAUUAAUUAAUUUAUUUAUUGACACAUUUCAUGCUUUAUUUAUACUAUUCAUAAAUAAAGAAAUAAAUCUUUUAAAGAAGUGUCAAUAAAUAAAUAAAUGUUAAUACAUCAAUGCAAAAUGUAAUUUAAAAUAAAAUUGGAUAACUAUAUAUAUGUUGUUAUAUAAUUGUAUUUAUUUACCAAUAAUAAUACAUUUAUUGUAUCAAUAAAUAAGAGAAUUAAUUUAUUAAAUAAUUUUAUUACAUAACUAAAUCCAUUGGACUUAAGUGUAUUCAUUGACAUAUACACAAAUUUCAUGAUUUAUUGACAUUUUUACUAAAGAUUUAUUUACUAUUAUAUCUCACUCUUAGUCCUCCAUAUGUUUUGUUUUUUAAUUUAGCGAUUUGUAUUAUAAAAUCGAAAUGAAAGUAAAUCGGAAUGAGCCUAUGAUGAAUGUUUUCCCUUUUUUUAAUUCAUUGAUAUUAAGUAGAUCAUCUUAAUUUUAUUUUUCAGCUGCAUAUUUGGUGGUUUAUUGACUAUUUUGUGGAAGUCUGAGGUGCAGCUCAGAAACGUUCUUCACCGAUGAACUGAACUGGACAUCUCGGCAUAGUCCUUCUGAUAUGCAGUUACAGCUGGAAAUGAUAACGUACUGGAAAAGCCAUGAAGAGAUUAUGUACGCUUUGAAAUGGCAUGUAAUUUACAGCAAAAUCUGAAGAUCUGGCAGGUCCAUAUCCCAUUUAGAGUGCUCUGAAACAUAUUGCUAGCAAGGUAUUUUUGAUAGAAGUACAAAAUCAGUGUUGUACAGCUUUUCUUUCCACACUACGGCAGUCUUUUUUCUUUUUUUUUCGGUCUUACACAAACCGAGGUGUGCAGCUAGACCUGCAUCCCGUUUUAACUGCUUUGUACUUUCCGGAAUGGCUAAAAGGUGCUACAUAUUUCUUAGUGUUUGUUUUUUUUUCUAAUGUAGCCUCGUAUCUACCGAAACUGCCUGACCGUUUAAAUGUGCCAUGUGAUGAAAUUGUGUGGUCUCCGAGUUUUGUGCCAAAGAUGCAAACAGUAUUAACUUCUUUGUCAGUGAGAGUAGUUAGGAAAGCUUAACUGAAGUUAGCGUGACCGCUAGUGCUCAACAAUGUGCUUCUUAAACCGUGUGCAGAGGCGUAGAUCAAGACUGCAUGGGGCAUGAGCAGUACAAAGCAAUAUAACCACUGUAGUUUGCAGAGAGUGAUAGAAACAAACAUCAUCUAGUUCUGAGAUGACUUUUCCCAGCAGCCUGAUCCCAAAUCAGGUUGUGUUGUUGCCGCAGUCACUUCCGAACAAUAUUGGGUGGAUCAAAAUCUGUUUUUCUUUCUCCUUUAAAUGUUAAAUCUGACAAAACUUUUCUCAUUAAGGUCAGAAAUUCAAUUUGGACUCUUAUUUGGACUUAGUUGAUAAACACAAAGUUUAGGAAAUGCUGUGUGGAAUUGAAUUUCUUUUAUAUUGGGUUUACCUUUUAUAUUUUUUUCCAUUAAAAAUGUCUUUAAAUCAUUAAAAGAAAUCAUUUUAUGUGUAAUUUUUACCUGGACUCAAAACAUCAAAACAUUCAUUUUGCUAACAAAGCCAGCAAAUGUUCAUUGAAACGGCCGAUUUUAGACAUUUAAGAAGUUAUAUUUCAACGAAAAGAGAAAAGUUGCCACAUUUUGAUGUAAAAUUGAUAGUAACAAACAGCUUUUUCACUGCCAGCUUGAAAGCCCACAAUUCUUUUAAUAAAUAAUGGAUAAUUUGAUGUGUAAAUGCAACUUCAAAACGCGAAUCUCGGCUGUUUACUUUAUAAAUCGCGUAUGGACAGUUGAAAUGGUCUGAAUUUUAUAAAAACUGUUCACAGCAAAAAUGUCCCCUGUGAUUUCUUUGCAUUUUUGUAGAUAGAUACAAAGUAUUUUUUGGCAACCUAAAACGUCUGAAGUGCGAAGAAUCAAACCAAUGUUUGAAUGAUGACAAAAUACUUAAAGAUGGGCACCGAUUCAUUUGUACACUAUUUUAUUAAUGGCUUUGCGGCAAUGUUCUCAUACUCCCAUGCUACGAGAGUUGCUCAUUUUAGGCAAUCAUGUUUUGUAAUUUCGAUGGAUUGCCAAUGGUCAAGUCGUAGGACUUCAACUCUAGUUGCGCUUGUAUUUCUCCUCUCCUGUUCUCUCCUUUCACUCUCCUUUUUAUGAAUUAUACUCUUUCUGUUCAAUUUUUUGAACUUGUAAAGUUGUACUUUAUAUCAUACAAUGGGAUGAAAGUAUUCCAUAUAGCCUGUGUUACAGAUUUUGUACAAAAGGUGUUUAUAUGAAAAUGUAACCAGUUCAUAGCUUUGAAUGUUGCAACUAAAGUUUUUAUUUGUAAAUGUUGAAUAUUAACCAUCAAACAAAUAAAAGUUGAUUGAUGUAAA